GCCUCAUUGUCAGUCAGAGCUGCCAGGAUUGUGCUGAUCCGCCAGAGGAUUCUAACAUCUCAAAAUGGGAGUCUCAAAAGGCCUCGGUCCUCUUGGUGUCUAUGCGAACACGGAAGAAGGGGUGUCAUUUCAGACAGAUAACGAGAUGUACUGGAGUUCCUACUGUAAUGGAAUGACCAACCGGCUACAGGCCCGAGAGGAGAAAGAUGCCACCAGCAAGUUUCUUGUCUUCUUGCUCCAAAAUGGGAAGAUAGUUUUACAGGAUUUCCGGGAAAUGUACAUAAGCUGGACUGUGUAUGAUGGAAUCACUUAUUUAGAGAUGGGAAAGUCCUUUCCAGAUGAACUUUGUGAGUUUGAGGUUUUUCAUGAUGGUGAGAAGGUGAUGUUUAAGGCCUCAAAUGGAAAGUUUGUUUGCCGGACUUUCCAUAACCAUGAAACUAUUCUUGAAGUGAGCCGAACAAAGGUGGUGGACUGCUGCCGAUUUCGUGCAGGGAUGGGGGAUCUGUACAAACCUUGUUUUGACAUAACCGCUGUGGAGUGGGACGAUAUUUCAAAUCUGGCCUUCCGGCCUUGUGUCAUAAAAGCUGAGAAAUUCCUCAACCGAACAAAUGAAGAUCAAGAACAUGAGUUUAUGUUGACCUGGGAGACCAAGACUUCAGAAACUACGCAAUGGGCCAGAACGUGGGGUUUGAAUUCCAUGGCUUCAACCAAAUUCCCUCUUAUGGCGUUUGAAGCCACGAUCACUUACAAUGGGAGUUUUCAGAAGACAGCCAUUACCCACAGGUUGAUAAAUGAGAGUCGAAACGUCAAAGUUUCAGUCCCACCACGCCAUAAAGUCUAUGCGCAGCUCAUGGUCUCUAAAAUGGAAAAUGUGUCCGUACCUUUUAAAGUCCACGUCCGAAAAAUAAAAGUGGACGGAGAUGUUCUAAACCUGGUGGAAGAUGGCGUGUGGAAAGGGCUUGUAUAUUCUGAUAUUACUGUGGCAACAACGAAGCAGCCUUUAAGUUUUUUUGACUGUCUGUUUACGUGAUCUGCUCAUUUGUCAAAUCCAGUUUUGUAACCUACACUCAAUCUAUUGGGACUCUGAGAUGCUGCUAGGACACUCUGUUGCCACGUUAAGACUGUGGCCAAUCCAGGUCUCCACUACUACAGAGGCUGGUUCUGGCUUUGCUCGCUGUGGACAAUGUGUGAUCUAUGUGAAUAUUCAGAGCCCACACAUGCUUUUUGGUGGCGUUAAAUUAACUUUACCAUUUUACCAUACGCUGUACCAGCACACUCCAACACUCUAAAAGAAAAUGGAAAUGGCCUGCACUGAUGCUAUGCCACCACUAGAGGGCCCACCAGGUCAAUGUAAUCAUCGCACUGUGGGGAUAUCUUUGGGAGGGUGAGGCGGAUGGUUCCAAUCUAAUUUCUCACCCUGUUUCUGUCCUGCUC